GCGGAGUAGAUAUAAACCAAGCAGAGGAGAAGAACAAGACAGAGUCUGACUGAAUCCAUCCAGCCGUCACACUUUUAUGAGACAGGCAAGAUACCAAGAAAAUAAUCUACCAAGCAAUCUAAAACAACAAUCUCACAUUGGCGGCAUGAUGUCCCUUCAGUCGCUCGCCGUCCUCUAACAUCCAGUCUCUAAUAAGACUUUCCUUCGAGACUUAUUUCACAACCUUCAUUCUGUGUGGGUGAGGAGGAGGAGGUCACUCAGAGGCAGUUUCAGGCAGCAGCAUUGUGGUUGAAGAAAAAUGGAUCAUUCCCGGCUUCUCUUCCUCAUCUUCGUGGUGAUAAGGACGUCUGAAGAGACAGCCGAGCCCCAAUGUGUCGACUUGGGCAAAGAGUCUUACAACCUUUCUGAAGGGGAGGCAUUGUAUUUUUUACAUUACGAUCUGGAGAACAACCUUAGUGACGAAGAGAUCACAUGGUUCAAAGAAAACUCCUCGAUUGAGAUCACCACUGACGAAAAUGAGAACGUGCAUUACCACGGUGGAGCCCUCUUUUUCUUAAAUCUUCUCACUGAGCACUCUGGCCUUUACACUGCCCGGCAUAAAGACCCAUCAGGGGAGUGUUACAACUAUUUUUUUAAAGUUGUCGUCUUCAAAGACGGCCCUAUGACGAACAAGAAACUCUUAUACGCAGAUAUCAAAAACUCGGACAUAAGCAAAAGGGUUACAUGUCCACGUCCUGUCGACCACACAUGUAGCGAGUUGAAAGGAAACUUCACCUGGAACAAGGACAACAAGCCCCUUCCAGGUUACCAUGAAGUUGACUUUAGGAUAGAUAAUGCUAAACCAAAAGACAAGGGAAUAUACACUUGCAUUUGUACCUGGACACACAAUAACAAGGAGUACAUGUCGUCAGGAUCCAGGAGACUACAAGUUGACGAUUACCCAAUUUCCAUCCGUGAAAUACAGAUCCUCUCACCAACCAACAAGGAGCAGUUUGCUGAUGAAGGUGUUGGGAUCAAGCUGAACUGCACAGUGUUCUGUGGGACUAAUGUGGAUCGUCACUGCGACGCUGGCUGGCUUGCCAAUGAAAACCCUGUCGACCAGAUCGAUGGAUAUAAUCAAACGUUCAUCCAGGACCCUUCAAAUACCACCAUCAUCACUGCCGUCCUGACGAUUGAACAAGUGUCUGCUCAGGAUUUAAAGACUCAGUUUAAAUGUUUCGGCACAAACUCGUACACAACGGAGUCGGCCAUUUUAACUCUUCAGCAAAGAGAGUCUAUAAUCCCACUGGUCACUGGAGGAUUGUGUGUGUUGUUAAUCUGUGUGUUUGCCGCCGUGCUGAUCAAGUGCUUCGCUAUCGACCUCGCUCUCCUCUUCAGACCCUACUUACCAAUAAGCAAUUACAAGAAAGAUGCGGUGUACGAUGCCUACGUGGUCUACCAAAUGCAGAACGUAGACAAGUUUACGGAGGACAGCCUCUGUCAGUUCAUCACAAACGUUUUGCCCUCUGUCCUUGAGGAAAAGUGUGGAUAUCGACUCUUCAUCCACGGGAGGGACGACAUACCCGGGGAAGACCUGCUGGAGCUGGUAGAGGACCGCAUGCAGCAGAGCAGGAGGCUGAUGGUCAUCCUCACCCCGGGUUCAGGAUCAGGGUCAGAGAGCACAGACCAGCAUCCUGUGUCGCCUCGAAACUCAAUGAUAGGAGGGUUUGACUGGCAGGUGGGGCUCCACCAUGCACUGUUCCAGAGGGAAAUGAGUGUGAUUCUGAUCCAGCUCGGGGACACUGGGCCACAAGGAUACACACACCUUCCUGCUGGACUGCAGCACCUGAUUCUCAAGAGUGCCCCCAUUCAGUGGCCGGAGGGUUCGCGGGGAGCUGCCGCCUGGAACUCACGCUUCUGGAAGAGAGUGCGAUACCUGAUGCCUGCCAGACCUGCCAAAAUAUAUCCACUGUCUGCUAUUAUUUAAAAAUCAUUAUAGAUUAGUUUUGAUCUUCCUGUAAUGACAGAUAUGUAUGUGCAAUUUAAAGGGUCAAAAUGCAAUAGUCCCAUCACACCAUGUGUAUCAUAAUGUGUAAAUUAAUGGUGUUAAUAAGUCGAUGUGUAUUUACUGUAGGUUCAAGGAUCUGUUUCUUCCUCCAUAAAAGUAUUUAAAUGUUAUUUCUUACAUCUCCUCCUGCUGGAUAAAAGACUAAAAGCCUUUUACAUACCGGGGCCGUUUUUUUUUCUCGGAUUAAUUUACACGUGAAUAUUAUGCGACAACGUGUUUUAUUUUCGUAAUGAAGGCAUAGAUCCACUCUUUCCAUUCUUACCUUUCACAAUAAAAGCCCCAGCAAUACUGUAUACUGUUUUACAGUCGAGUAUGUCACAUUCAGUGGUGGGCCGUCAGGGCCAGCAAGGCCUCCUCUGCUGGCCUAAACAUCAUCAGAAUAUAAAUUUAAUUUUUAUAUAUUUUUUCCACAAAUAUGUAUUAAAUUAUUCCCCAUAGUC